GAGCAAGAGAUCCAGCGUCUGUCUGCAGAGAUCAAAAAUCUUGAAAACUCCCAGAACCUCAGUCCAUCUACACGCCUGGAAGAGCUGCAGGAGGAAAACGCCCGACUCAAGUACCGCCUCAACAUCCUGAAGAAGAGUCUGCAGGAAGACUCACUGAGUCAACGCGGCAAAGCCAUGUUAAACAUCAACCAGCGACUUCAGGAGGUCUUCGGCGAGGCCAUCCAGGCCUCCUGCCCCGAGCUCGACAACCCGCCACUUUCUAUUGCGCCCAGCCAGCAGGCCAAGUUUGGGGACUACCAGUGCAACAGCGCCAUGAGCAUGUCCCAGAUGCUGAAGGCAAAGGGGAUAAAGAUGAACCCGAGGGAGAUCGCAGAGAAGAUUAUCAAAAAUCUUCCAGACAACGAACUCGUCCAGAAAACGGAGGUCGCGGGGCCAGGUUUCAUCAACAUCUACCUGCAGAAGACAUUUGUGUCCAAACAGCUGAGCAACUUGUUGAUUAACGGAGUGCAACCCCCACCACUGCCAUCCAAGAAGAAGGUGGUGGUGGAUUUCUCAUCUCCAAACAUCGCCAAAGAGAUGCACGUGGGUCACCUGCGCUCCACCAUCAUCGGGGACAGCAUGUGCCGAUUGUUUGAGUUUCUGGGAUACGAAGUCCUCAGGCUGAACCACGUGGGGGACUGGGGUACCCAGUUUGGGAUGCUGAUCGCCCACCUGCAGGACAUGUUUCCGGACUACCUGACCGUCUCCCCUCCCAUCGGUGACCUGCAGGCCUUCUACAAAGAGUCAAAGAAGCGCUUUGACACGGACGAGGAGUUUAAGAAGCGGGCGUACCAGUGUGUCGUCAAACUGCAGAGCAAAGAGCCGGAGUUCAUCAAAGCCUGGAACCUCAUCUGUGACGUGUCCAGGACAGAGUUUCAGAAAAUUUACGACUGCCUGGACAUCGAGCUCAUCGAGAGAGGAGAGUCGUACUACCAGGACCUGAUGGUUGAGGUGGUGAAGGAGUUUGAGAAGAAAGGCCUGAUGGAGCUCGACGAGGGUCGUAAGGUCGUCUUCCCCCCAGGGCAGCCCAUCCCCCUCACCGUCGUCAAGUCAGACGGGGGCUACACCUACGACACGUCAGACCUCGCGGCCAUUCGCCAACGAAUCUUUGAAGAGAAGGCCGACAUCAUCAUCUACGUCACUGACAGUGGACAGAGCACGCACUUCCAGGUGGUGUUCGCCGCAGCUCAGCUGAUCGGCUGGUACGACCCCAAAGUGACCCGGGUGGAGCACGCUGGCUUUGGAGUGGUGUUGGGGGAGGACAAGAAGAAGUUUAAGACUCGUUCUGGAGACACGGUGAGGCUGAUGGACCUGCUGGACGAGGGACUGAAGAGGUCCAUGGACAAGCUGAAGGAGAAGGAGCGAGACAAGGUCCUGACUCCAGAGGAGCUCACGAAGGCUCAGAGGGCCGUCGCCUUCGGCUGCAUCAAAUACGCCGACCUCUCCCACAACCGCAACAACGACUACGUCUUCUCGUUUGAUAAGAUGCUGGACGACCGAGGCAACACGGCGGCGUAUCUCCUCUACGCCUUCACCCGCAUCAG